CUCGCCUCCACAGUGGAUGAGAGAACCGUGGGAAUUUUCUCAAACUUGAAGAAAAAAAAAAACUUGUUUGCAGCUGUUGGAGAUCAUCAGGCGUGAAGGGGCAGCAGACUCAUUUCAUUCAGAAUAUGACCAGUUCAUUGGAGAGGGUUGUGGCCCAGAAGAAGGAGGCCAUCGAGGCAGUGAUGGAUAUGUUUGAGAAAGGGGCCGAGGUGUUGGCCAGCGCUGUAGGUGAGCUCUUCCCCCUCUGUGAGGCCGCCGCACCAGUACUGCGACUGGCCUUAGACAACAUUCAGAGCAAAGAAGUCAUCUAUGUGAAAGAGCAGUUUCUGACGGUGAGGAACAAGCUCGACGUGCUCUCCACCCAACUGGAAGACAUCGACUGCGAGAUCAAGAAAGGGAGACUGGAUUCCCAGUACUUCUCAGUGGAGGAGAACAUUAGGAACCAGUUUCGGAAAUAUAUGGAUAUCUUGGAGGCGAAACAGCAGUUCAGGGACGUGAAGACCAGACUUUUUCUGGAGCACUUUUCCAAAACUGGAGGAGAGAAGAACCUGUUUGUGCUGUAUGAUGCUUUGAUGGGGACAAACACCUUUGGAGAGUCGGUUUUAGAGUUGGUCGAGAGGUAUGUAGCAAGGAACCGCCGUCUCCUGGAAGAUUUCUGUGUCCGGAUGAAGGAGCUCUUCUGUUUGGGCCUGAUUGCUCUGCUGGGUCACUGCGCCUUAACCCAGGGCCAAGAGGAAGAAGAGGACAAAAUCCAAGAAUGGAGCAGCAAAAUUGAAGAAGUAGAGUCCAGGAUGAAGAUGACCAUCGAGUCUUGUACUGCUGCCUUCCCAGAGCAAGCAAAAUUAGAUGCCCAGCAUCUCCUGCAAGAAAAGGAAGAAGAGAACCUGCAAGAUACAACUCAGCAGCUUCUUGAGUUCUUGGUGAAAAAGUAUGAUUGGGUCCACUGGUCAGUGCGGCUAAUUAACCAUUCAGGGAGCACCUACCGGAACUGGCGAGCAGGGGAGCACUUUCAUCAUGUGGCAGGACAGAACUGGUUCGAGGUGCUCCAGGUGAACAACAUAAACUUGGUGGUGUCGUACAGCACCAAACCCCAGCCGGUGCCCCGUGACUUCAUCCGGCAGGUGAUGGAUGGCCAGGGGAAGAAGGGAAACGCCCCGGCAGUGGUGGAGGUGCUGGAGAAGCAGCUGUGUGGGUUUGUUGUUCACGCCGUCAGUCGCCACAAGGAGUCUGCAGCUGCGUGGAGCUUUCCGGAAGAGUGUCACUAUUGGGAGAGACACAAGAAUGUGGCAGUGUGUGUGCACUCGGAGUAAAGCAGACAAGCUGACAAAUGUUUAAGAUUUAGAUUUUAAAGCAGUAUUUAAAAUGAGAUACUAUAGAUUUGUGUUGCUUGUCCCUCUGCAAGAUUGAGCUGAGAAUAUCAGUAUGUAAGUUUAUCAUAAAGAAAUUAUUAUAAUGAAUGGCAGAAACUGGGGAUGCACCUUUCUGAUACACUUGAUUAUUAGGCAAAUCAGGUAUCAGCCAGAUACCAAUCCACAUUAACAAGUCACUUUAAUUAUAAAAUCAGAUCAUUCCAAGUUCAGUUAAGUCACAUACAACUGCAGACUGAAUUCUGAGCACCACAGCAGUCCCUUGUGCACAGUAUUGUCUCAUUCAUCAAUAUUUGUCAGCAGUUAUUAUUCACUAUAGUCACACAAAUGGUAUUUUUAUUAUAGGGAGUCCCAUUAUUUUCUUUUCUGCUCAUUUAUUUUUUGCGGUGAGCUUAUGUAACUACAUACAUAGCAACUAAUAGCUUCCACUUACAGUACAUUACAAGCAAAAGUCCUGCCCUCAAAAUCCCACUUAAGUAAAAGUACAUAAGUAUUAGCUAAAUUUACUUAAAGUAUCAAGAAGUAAAAGUACCUAUGCUGCAGAAAAAUGGACCCUAUUAUAUAUGAUAUUGUUAGAUUGGUACUACUGAUGCAGCUAUACCUAAGCAGCAUUCUACUGUUGUAGCUGUUUGACUUAACUACUUAAACAGUGUUCGGUAGUUUAGUCCAAAUCUGAGGGGUCAUUCGAUGGAAAAUUAAAGUAUAACAUUUACCUCUGAAAAGUAGUGGAGUAAAAAUAUGAAAUAUCAUAAAAUGGAUAUACUCAAGUAGAGUACAAAUAGCUCAAAACUGCAAGUACAUUACAUUACUUGAGCAACUGUAGCUAAUUACCUUGCACCACUUUAAUGGCUAUAUCUUCAUGUUACUUAACACACAUAAGGACUUCAGCAGCACUGGCACUGGAUUGAUACUUGUUAUCAGACAAUACCCCAAAUUUACACAUUGGAAUCAGUAUCAGGAGAGAAAGAGUCAGAUCGGUGCAUCCCUAACAGUAACAUUGUAUUUUAGAUUAUUUUAUUUAAUCACAAACACACUUGUAUUCGCUCUCUGGGUUGCGUCAACUCUUUACAGUAGAUAUUUGAAUUAUAGUCAAUUGAUGUAAAUUUAUUUAAUGUUGUUUAAAUUAUAACUGCUUGCAUAUUAUGAACUGUGUUACUCUGUAUUUGUAUUAAUUUAUGAGUUACUAACCAGUUUGUUUAUACUACACUAACACUAACUAGUGCUUUCCACUAACACUGUACUGUAUAUAAUAAUGGGAAGUGUCUAUGCUUUUACCUCAGCCGCAUACAGUACUAAUCCAGUCUCCCCAUGAGAAAUGGCUUCUGCACCUAACAGCUCUAAAAGAGAUGGUUUUGCUGAGGCUGCAUCUACUGAGCUCUGCUCCCAUUUUGUCUCUGCUCAGCAGGCUGGCCUACAUAACUCUGACAGGAGGGACAGAGGUUACUUUUUCAGGCGUGAAAAACCAGUGGCUUGGAGUUUGGCACUGGAGACGUGACAAUGUGCCUUGUGUUCUAAACACAUUCAAACCCCUCGAACCAAAACAACCAAACCCCACUGCUUACCAGUGAUGUGCCUAGACUUACGUAAUGGUUCCUGUCAGUUGCUUCAGGCUGGAUGAGAAGUGAUUCUGCCUGCAAUAUUAAUUUGUUUGUGCAUUUUAUUUUUGUAAUUCUUGUUAAUAAAUGAUAAUUACUGUGUUAUUUUGCACUUCCUGGCCAAAUUAUAUAUUUUUUAUGAUUUAUGUAUGAUUUUUUGUCUUUGUGGCUGUAAUUUGUCUGUUAUGAUCCCUGCUCAUACUUAACACUUCUUUGUUGCUUAUUUCAAAUACACCACUGUGAUUUUUGCUAGAAAUUUAAAAUCAUUUCACUCCCUGUGCCAGGAAAGAGCUAUGGAUCACAACCAAUGCACCACUUUUAUGAAAUGGGAUAAUUUAAGUCCAUUGUGUUAUACCAAUUGGUAAUAUUGUAAAAUGGGUAUUUAUAUCAAAAUGACAUGUAUUAUUAAACCAAAUCAGCUUCAACAAUAAAAUAAGUGCACGAUCAAUGCUCAGCAAAAUC